AUGGAAAACGGCAGCAGAAGAGCGGAGAGCCACGAUGCCCACUGGAGCAGAACUCUUGUCAGCCACAGGGCAAUGCAGAAUCGGAGGCUCCAGGUCUCUGUACGGCAUCAUACACAUGGUAUUGAAGGCACCGAAGAGGCCGACGCCGGAGUGAAACAAAGCAUCAUUGACGAAAUUGGUGCCACGAACUACGUAAUCCACGACUACCUCAGCAGCGAUGAUGAAGAUCACUACGACGACGACAACGAUGAUGAAGAGGAAGAAAGACUAUGGAACAAUGUCGUCAGUCGUCGUCUUACCAUCACACGACUACUAAUUCUCAGUGACCUGAUCAAUCUUGUUCGGAGACAAGCGAGCGAGCACGCACUACCUCGGACGGAUGUUUUCAGAAUCUGGGAAACAAUAGCACCAGGCGACCCAAUGACGAUCGUUAUUGAUGCUCGAGCGGAAUUUGUGCACAUGGUUCAAGAUGUGCUUGAUUUUCACUUUGGGGAGGAUGGAGAAGAAGAAGAAAGAUAA